GUGUUCUUGUUUGGCGACGAGUUCAGCUAUAAUGAAAUAUCUGCGAAAAUAUAUGCAGGUAUGAUAAGUAUAUACAAGGAUUUAUCAACCUGAAGACAACAAAAAUUAGCUGUGUGCCGAUACUGUAAAUGGCGCAAUAUUUCAUACUGUUUAAAUAUCCACUUAUCGGCAUUCAAGCGGAACGUUUAUGGUAAAAUUUGCUAGUAAAGGGAGCCUAUCGAAAACAAAAAAACUACAGUAGUGCAUGUUUUGUCAACAUACAUAAGAUCGCCGAGGAUAAUAUCCUAGAACCGACGAAUAAACAACAUUUAUGAUGAACCACAUCGAUGGAUAAAAAAGGUGCGUCGAACAAAGUGAACGUUCCAUCUCUAUAGUAUGUACACACCAAGUCCAAUUGGGUAUCGCUGUCAUACAUAUUCAACAUGCCGUGGGCGAAUGCGUUACUUUGCGGAAUACAAAUGCAAGAUCACACAGGAGUGCAUAGUCUUCUUCAGUCUGGGACAUCUUCAAACCGAGAAUGUGCUGACUUCCCCGUUCCUCUGCUGAUAGCGAUAGAAAACAGUGAUUUACAAAUGGUGAAACUACUGCUCGAUCAUGGCGCGAUCGUAAACAUACAGGACGCAGAUGGGGAAAGCGCCCUUCACUACGCCACCCAAGAUGAUGUAAAGUAUGAGGUUAUGGAGAUAUUACUCAAGGCCGGUGCUCAUGUCAACUGCGUAAACAAAUGGUCGAGGACGGCACUGCACUAUGUGUGUUAUGGCGGCGAUCUGAACAAGAUAGAGUUACUUUUGAAAAUACCAAAAACACGUGUGGAUAUUCAGGAUGAAAAUGGAAACACGUGUUUACAUGCUUUGAUGACCUUUGAUGAAGGCGAAAUCGAUGACGAUGAAUUUUGGAGGAGAGGUUUGACUAUGCUUAUUGAAGCUUUUGUUGACGUAAACAUCACUAACAAAAAAGGACAAACAGCCUUACACAUGGCAGCGGAACACGAUUUUCAGCCAGAGGCAGUAUUGUCUAACCUUCUAGAUAUCGGUAAAGAUUUUAAAUUUGAGUUGCAAGACGCUGAAGGAAAGAAUUUUCUACAUCUGUACAUCAGUGGCCAAAGCGAAAACACACCUUUUUUGUGCAAACUCCUUAACAAAGGAUUUCAAUCAUUUGUUUCUUCACGUUCUGGGUUCAUCAAAGCUAUCAUAAAUAUGGAAGCUAGGAAUGGCGAAACGCCUUUCUUGAGGUUUAUGUUUGGAUCAAGUCAAUUAGACCUGGACAUUCUUCAACACUUUGUUCAUGCUGGUGCUGAUGUGAACAAACCAAAUAGUUUGGGAAGGACUCCUCUUCACCGUGUAAUGAUGGAAGAAACAAAAAUGAACCGUCAUCUGGUGUGCAAAAUAUUACUGUAUGGGGGCGCCAACACAAACCUCCAGGACGAAUUUGGCUUAACACCAACAUUUUGGGCAAGAACGGUGAAUCAAAUUUCCGUGAUCUGUGGUGCUGGUGCUGAUGUAACUUUCACAGACAAGUUUGGGCGUAAUGCUUUGAUGAAUUUUAUGGUCCAAAGAAACUUUAAGGCAGUACAGGAGUUGGUCUUUAGGGGAUGUAAUGUCAAUAGUGUUGAUACAAACGGAUCCACCGCGCUACAUUAUGCAGUAUGGAUGAAUGAUAUCAACAUGGUAGAACAUCUUUUGGAUGUCGGAGGAGAUAUCUCGGUUGCAGACAAAGAAAAUCGCACUCCAAGUAUGCUGGCUGAUUUAUUAAAAAAUACUCAAAUAUGCGAACUUUUAGAGAAACGACAUUUAAAAACACACAGCAAAGAAGAUGCAGGGCAGAAAAGAGAAAUCAUAUAUGAAAGAGUUAGAUGUUCUUCAAAAAGUCAUUGGCUAGGAAAUAAACUCACUAUGAACUACAAAGACAUCGUGAAAGCUGACAAUAGCAUUGCUACUUUAGAAACACAAGGAUACAAAGCUCAUGAAUUGGCAGAACUACUUCUCAGCCAACCCGGGUCUGGAAAGCUUUUUGACAAUCCGGAAACUACACAAGUCAUUGAUGCCGUUCAACAGCUGGUAAAACAAUUAUCAAAACGAAUAUCAGAAUGUGAUCCAAGAUUCAGGAACGACAUCGUCUCCAUGGGAAGCGCGAGAGAAGGAACCAAAACAGGAUACCCUGAUGAGUUUGAUUUUGUUUGCUGUCUCUCCGAUAUUCUCGAAUAUUGUGAUAUCGAGAACGACAACGGACCGAACAACGAAGGUUUUGUUCGAUUGAAACUGAGAGAAAAUUCCCAUCUUCCCAUUCAAAUGGAAUCGUUCUUUGACAAAAAUGGUUACUUCAAAACAUAUGAUGUAAGGAUGGAAUUUUUCAAGCUUAUCUGGAAUAUUUUGAUGGAAAAAGAGAUGUGGCAGGAUGGAAAAGUCCUAUAUGUCGGUGAUGAUAUGAACAAUGGGUUUGAUCAAACGCCUGUCCUGAAUUUCCAAAUUUUAUGGAUUGGCCAAAUUUUUAAAGGUCUCAAAAUAAGUAUAGACUUUGUCCCUGCAAUACAUGUUAGCAGAAAAAUGGCUGUUUUCUCAACAAGAGACGGUAUUCCUAACCCACAAGAAGCCUUGGAAGCGGGGCUCUUUGUGUUGUUACAUCCUCCAGAUGACAUCAUUUCAAACUGUAGAGACGUCUUUGAAGUAGAAGAUACAAUAUGGUCGAGAACAGAAGCUACCUACGACAAUGAUAUGGCAGACCUUAUCAAAAGUCGCCUUCGUGUGUCCUGUGCACCAAUGGAAGUAUCCUUCCUAGAAUCCCUACCAGACGUUGUGAGAGAAAGUUACGUGUUGGCUAAAAUCAUCAAAAAUGAAUGUCCAAAGGUGAGGUUCGACUCCGAUUUCUUUCAGGAACUAUAUGAUAGAGAUCCAGUUGAAAUUCAGCGACAUGAGAAUGUCCAUUUUGAACCAGGAGAAUAUGACGUAUACACGUCCAUAGUGAGUUCAUUAAAUGAAGUGGCCAGCAGUGAUGAGGAAAACAUUUGGGAUCUGAAUAUCGAAAAUAAUGCGGAACAGACAGCUGAUACAGCAUCAUUGAAUGGCUCCAAUCAACCAUGCUCUUCUGAUGAAGAGCGUGAUAGCGGGGGGACGGAAUCGGCGAAUAGUGGUGAAGAUUCGCCAAUGGAUUCUCUUCGAUCAGAUGAUACAAACAACUUUGAGGAAACUGAUCUAGGACAUGAAGCCAAUAAUGAUAUCACAAGCUACAUGUUAAAGAAUGCUUUGUUUCAUUUGGUUGGAAGUAAUCCAGAAAUAUGCGACAAAGAUUUAAAUAAAGACUCGUCAGGUGAAGGGCGCUUGAAGACCACUGUAGAAUUGACAAUAAAGAUAUUCGAACUACUGACAACAAUGAAUGAAACAUGUGAGCUGCCAGUGUAUUUUCUGCCUCGACAAAACGUGUUCGAAUUCGCAUACGAGUUUUGUCGGUCAAUGGACCAGGAAAAACUGAGAAGAAAAAUUCACUCUGAUGGGAACAGAAGGAAAAUUUUCCUCGAUUUGAUAUUGGCGAUUUUGAGGGUUCAAUGAAAAUUUGAGCCAACUCAAAGAUGCUACAUGAAAAAGUAACUAUGAUCGACUUAAAACAACAAUAGGCUAUUGAAUAUUUUAUACAAUGCAAAGGUUACAUAUGUUACGCUAUUGGGCCUAAUAUCCUUUUUAGCUUCUCUUUUUAUUUUUGUAAUUUAGCAUGAAUAGCUAAUUAAUUCCAUCCCGAAGAUAUUCCAUCGCAAACCCUCAUCCGACUUUAUAUUUUGUAUGAAACUUCCAAUGGGAUCAGUUUAAGGAUGCUGUAAUUAUGUUUGACAUUUUCUGGUGUUAUACGACCUUCGGCAAUAUAUAGCAUCUUUAACAUUAGAAAAGAUUAAUACUGCCUUAAAAACAUACUUAAACCAUAGCUUAAUAUUAGUUAACUAUGCCUGUCAAGAUGUCAAAGCCGAAUGACAUACUUAUGAAUGUCCAUUGAUACUAAGUAAUCGAUUAUUAGAUUGUAUCUAUUCCAUCUUUACAAGUAGACCUGAUAUUUGGUAGUUGAGUUGCUUUUUAAAUAGUACCGAGAACAAAUUAGCUUACUCAUAAUUUGAUAUAAAUAAUACCUAUCUGAGAAUAGCAAAAUAAUGCUCAUUACGUAUAAAACUGGUAUCGACGUUUCACAUAUUAUCUGAUUAAUACGCCAAUCUAAAUACUUAUGAUAAGUUCGCUAUAAUUUAUACUUCGUAUACGUAUGGAAUAAAUCAUUGAUAAGAUAUGUUGCUUAUGUCCAAAUAGAAUAUGUUUAUCAAUGAUUGUAAGGUAGAUGACUUUAUCAUAAGGUAUAUGACAUGACCUGAUAUUAACCUUUCGCUGUGUAACAUCCGUAGCAUAGCCUUUGUCUCAAGCAUUCACCUGUCAUUGAACUCCCAUAACCAUUUCAGUGUAUCAUUUGAUGAUCAAUAAUAGCCACUUAUCAAUUAAUAUGCCUCUCAUCUUUAGUUAUCAUAAUACAACACAUUUUGAUUUAAACCUUUUAACAGCACUGUACUAAGAAAUUUAAACUCUGUGUUACUGUUAUUAAUUGCUAUGUUUAUUUAUGUGAUUUCCUAUCCAAGACUUCAGUAUUGUACAUAUUUAAAACUACCCCACGCGGUAUUUCGUUUACUGUUCUUAUUGUGUCAUGUCUUGACAUAAUUGUUUUACCUAUAUUGUUUUUUAAACGUGAACUAGUUUGGGCUAAAGAAAUAAUUUUGAAUUUAUAGCUAAAUGUUAUUUUGAAUUGAAAUUAAAAACAAAAUAUAUUCAUAUAACGAAACGAUAAGGGGAAGUAACCAGGUAGACAUUCGAUAAGUCGAUAUCCGGUCAAUAUAGAUAUUAUUUACAGCUAAAUGAUAUAUACCCUUCAAUUUCAAACAACGAACAAUCGUAAUAUUGUUGUCAAACAGCCCCAGGAUAAUUUCAUAUUCGGGCUAGAUCAUUUAUCAGCUCACAUGACAAUUGCAUUACUUUCAAUCACGGGUAUUCAGGUAGGUCAAACUAAGUCCGGAACACUUACUUCGUGAGUAAAUGAGUUUAUUAACCAUGUCAAUAGGAUAUAUCAUUAAGAGUUUACCUCGAUAUUUACUUACAAAGAAACCAGUCAGUGACAUAGGAUUAGCGUGCUGAUUUCAAUUGUGUCGUAGAUUUUUACAUAAUUGUUUCAUUACAAUUUCAACUGACAGAUCAUAGCCAAUUAUUUCAAGAAUAAUAUUGUUUUCUUAGUUCAAUAUUGAUACGAAUUAAAAUGUUUGAAAAUAUAGCUGAAAAAUAAGCAUACAUAUAUCAGUAAAACAAAACAUUCAUAGGAAGAAACCAGGUAGAUGCUGGUCGAUGUCGAGCCAAACUACAUUAUAUACAUGGAUAUAUAUGUUAUUACCUGUGGCCAAAUGGUACGUACAAUAACAUUUUUUUAAAAGAAGUGGUGGUGUAGUUACUAAACAGCCUAUAGAUUUAUAUCAAUCAUUUAACUCGGAGGAUAAUGAGAUUGCUACCAAACCUGGGUAGGUAAAAUUUAAAUUCGGAACACUUAUUCAUGAGUAAAUAAGUUCGUAAACCAUGUCGGAUAAAACCAAGAGAACUUGGAAUCCGGAUAUAGAUGAUUUCUUGAUAUGACUAUAGUUCUCAAAUUCAGUUUCGUAUUUAUGUUCACUAAUAUACAAAACGUAAAAUCUCUGUGAACACUGAACUUCGAAUGGUGUUUUGGAAAAAAACAUAUAUUUCUUUUCGCGAAACUCGUUUAUACAUCAGGAAAAUACUAGAAAACAGUUGUUUGGCCUUAUCAGUUGUCCUUAAAUACUCCGAUGAUGGCUUUCGUGACCUUCUAGUAAGAAUGCAACCACGGAUUUUGCCUAGAAUGACUGAUAUUAUUCAGGAACGUGUGCCUUGUCGCUGAAAAGCCCCUUUUUAUAUAGUCCUGAGUAGAUUUCAGGGCAAAAGAAGCUACCUAACAUUGCAAUUCAAAAUAUAUUGAUUGACUAAUUGAUUUUUGGUUUAAUCAAUAAUUACCAAAUGUCACUUACCCGCUGAUUUCUUUCUCAAACUUUACAUGUUAAUGCGUUAUGAAAACGCUAGGUUCCCAUAUGUUCUUGCUCACUAGUUUAGACAUUCCGGUGGGUGUUUGCUAACAUUCUGACCGAUAUGUUUUUUUAUUCACAUCAGCCUUAAUGAUAGUUAUUCAUAACUUAGUUCUAACAAUCUUUUAUUAAACCACUUUCAUUGUUAUUUUCAUUUAAAACAAGUUCAUGGUAUUAAUUUGAAAUUGAAAGUUAAAAUAUUUAUUUUUAAACAAUGAUACAAUAUUAGCACUAUAUGGACAUUUGAUUGCUGAGUGAUGAACCUAUCUGCGAUAAAUAUAUUUUAUGUGUUAUUUUUGAGGAACAUUAAACAUCGACGUUAAUGUAAUUAUUAUAUAAUAUGCUGUU